CCAGUCCUGCCCCAGCCUCAGGAGGAGUUGGAGUGGUCUGGUCCCAGCCCUGUGCCCUCAUCAAGUCUCCGCUCCUGCUCACGCCUGUGGCCAUGGGAAUGAUCCUGCUUCUCCUCCUCUUUGGGGGCGUCUGGACCCAAGAGACGAACCCAGAGCUUGUGGACAUCGCGACCACUUUGGGGAUGUCUGCACCCACAAGACCCUCUGCUUCUUUGACCCCAACUUUCUCUGAGCCCCCAAACCUCAGCGUAGUGACCCCCAGUCCUGCAACAGCCAGAGUCCGCGAGGAGAGCAACGGCACCGGGCCCCAGAUCUCCCCACCUUCUUCAGCUUCCUAUACAGCCAAUGAGGUGUUCUUUCUCGGGGCUUCCACUACUGCCGGUGGUGACCUCCAUGUACCUGAGCCAUCGGUCUCUGGGGAAGUUGCCACCAAGAAGUCAUCAAACCUGGAAACUAAUGCUCAAUCACUAGAAGACUUUCUGGAACUUCACAUUAUGACUGAUGGAACCACGGUAACUGGCUCUCUGGAGACCUCUGAUGUCACCAGGGGGCCCUCCGCCACCAUGGCGACUGGCUCUCCAGAGACCUCUGAUGUCACCUGGGGACCCUCCGUCACCAUGGCGACUGGCCCUCCGGAGACCUCUGAUGUCACCUGGGGACCCUCCGUCACCAUGGCGACUGGCCCUCCCGAGACCUCUGAUGUCACCUGGGGACCCUCCGCCACCAUGGCCACUGGCCCUCCGGAGACCUCUGAUGUCGCCAGGGGACCCUCUGCCACCAUGGCGACUGGCUCUCUGAAGACCUCUGACGUAGCCAGUGUAACCCCUCUCACCAUGUCAACUGGCUUUCUGGCGAGCCCUAAGGGGCCCAGUGGCUUCCCCACCUCCUCGGCAAAAACAACCCCCAUUUCUACAGGCACAGGCAGUCGGCAUCCCUCAUUAGUUCCCAAGAAAAAUGGCACCCUGCUGGUGGUUGUGGUUGUGGCCCUGGUGGUGUUCACGAUCCUUGUGACCCUACUCCUGCUGUGGCGCCGGCGGCAGAAGAGGAGGACAGGGGCCCUGAUACUAAGCAGGGGAGGAAAGCGCAACGGGGUAGUAGAUGCCUGGGCUGGGCCGGCCCAGGUGUCUGACGAGGAGGCCCUCACAGCAGCAGCAGGCGGGUCUGGGGGCGGGAAGGGCCCCGGGGUCUCCGAGGGGGAAGUGUCUGGCCAGCGGCCCACACUCACCACUUUCUUCGAUAGACGCAAGUCGCAACCGGGCUCCUUGGAGCUGGAGGACCUGAAGGCCAGGCCGCCCCCCGUCCUAAACGGGGAGGAGGAGCCGCUGGUGGGCAGCAAGGAUGAGGCUGUGGAGGCCCCUGCUUCCCAGGGGCCAGAGGCCGGAGAUGUGGAGGCCCCUCAGUGCUUGUGAAAAACAGGAGCGCAGGUCAGAAUGGCUCCCGGCCUUCACCACCUUCCCUCCUAUCAUCGCCUCCAGCUUCCUUGUCACGCAGCAUCGUCUGGGUCCUCACCCUGUAUGUUCAUCCCGAGCCCUCAUUCGGCUUCUCAACCCCAGGUCUCCCAGGCGGCACCCACACCCCCGGAACCAACAGACUUUCCUCAUCAAUCCCAACUGGUCCUCAUCACCCUCUUCUCCACGUUUUUGUCCUUGAAAUCAGCUGCUGAGUCUCCACAAUGCCAAACUUCCUUGGCCAAUGCCUUCUCAGAGGACUCCCCAGGGACACGGGAGUCUAGGAAGGAAGAUGGGGACAACCCAGCAAACUCUCGCCGAGGAUUGCUCUGGAAAGUGCUUUUGGCCCCAUAGAUUAGGACAGACCUACCGGCUCAGCCCACGAACCUGCUUUGACACUGCGCAGUGCUCCGUGCCCGGCCACUGGCCAUCAGAGCAGGGACUGGGGGGUGUCACCUAGAUGCGCUCUCGGAUCCUAGGCUGGUGCCUGGCCCACACUCCCCACCCCCUACCUGUGGAUUGAGGCUGCAGCUCCUUCUCCCCCCCCCCCCCCCCCCCGGGGGCAGAGGUGAGAAAAGUUUCCUGGCGGGUGUAGUCCUCCAGAAACCCUGGCACCCGCGUGUGUCCUGUCAUGGGCGCAGCUUGCAUGCAAGAGGCCAGGCCUUGGCCACGUUUGUGCAGGUGGCGGUGAGUAGGGCCGGCGUGUGGAGGGGACGGGUGCUGCCAAUCUGAGGAGCCCUUGAGAACAUCUGUGUCCUCAUCUUGGUUCAGGUGGGGUGGAGGCGGCAGAAGAUUUAGCCAUGUCUGUAGCCCAAUAAAGAGCGUGGGGCUUGAUAGAC